AUGGCGAGAAGACCGGAUGAAGAAUACGACUACUUGUUUAAAGUGGUUUUGAUCGGAGACUCCGGUGUCGGCAAGUCAAAUCUCCUCUCUAGAUUCACUCGUAACGAGUUCUGCUUGGAAUCUAAAUCUACAAUCGGCGUCGAAUUCGCUACUCGUACUCUCCAAGUGGAAGGAAGGACUGUGAAAGCUCAGAUAUGGGACACGGCGGGGCAAGAACGAUACAGAGCCAUAACAAGCGCAUAUUACAGAGGUGCACUUGGAGCUCUCUUGGUCUACGACGUCACUAAACCAACAACGUUUGAGAAUGUAAGCCGGUGGUUAAAAGAACUCAGAGACCAUGCAGAUUCCAACAUCGUGAUCACGUUGAUUGGAAACAAGACAGAUCUAAAGCAUCUUAGAGCAGUCGCUACAGAGGAUGCUCAAAGCUAUGCAGAGAAAGAAGGGUUAUCUUUCAUCGAGACAUCGGCUCUCGAGGCAUUAAACGUAGAGAAGGCUUUUCAGACGAUUCUCUCAGAGAUUUAUCGGAUCAUCAGCAAGAAAUCGAUAUCUUCAGACCAAGCAACUGCGAAUGCCAACAUCAAGGAAGGCCAAACCAUUGACGUUGCUGCUUCUUCUGAUUCAAACACUAAGAAGCCUUGUUGCUCAUCGUCUUGA